CAUGAUUACCAAAGGAAGCAUUGCACGCACAACUGAAUUAUGCAUUCUAAUUAUUUUGCAGGCCCAUUGUUGAUGAUUGCUGGUUUCUGCCAGCUCGCUAGAUUAGCACCAACGCUGUUCGUGGAUAUGAUUCUUGGAUAUAUAUUCUACAAGUUAAGUGUUUUAGCAGCACAACUGAAAAGAAAUGGGAAGGCAAACCACAUGUGUGCUCGGAUGCAGCUCGCAAUGUCACUUAUUCUGUUGUACAAGGAUAACAGCGCUUUUUCGGGUGUUUACCGGCUCGUCAUGAAAAUUAUUUGGCUCAUUUGGGUUGAAGUGUACUUUGGAGCUGUAUACUAUGAGAUUGCAGGCGAUAAAGAUCCGAGACGCCAUCUGCUAGGAAUGUACAAGAUAGUAAAAACUAAAGGUGGCUUGAUGCGGGUGAUCAGGAAUUUGAUGGAAGAAUAGCGUUCUGGCAUUCAGAGGCAUCAUACUUGUUCUAAGUAUAUGGACAAAAUUCAUAUGUAGUUUUGUACAGAAUUUGAUGGAAGUAAAGGAAGACCUCUGAGACCUCCUUGGUCUCCUUGAAG